CCCACCCACCCACUUCUUUUUCCCCCCGUCAUCAACACCAACACCUCCACGCCCUCUUUUCGCCCCCUUCUCUCGCUCACCACCACUCGCUACCACAUCCUGCAUCUGCCGCGAAUCGUUGCUCCCACGCCGCCGCUCUGCCGCGCCAGAUGUUUUCCUCAUGUCCAACCCGCCUUCCGAGCCCGAAAAUGCCGCACCCCCUGUACCGCUAACGCUCGCUGCCGUUAGCCAUGGAAGCCCGACCCAUGCCGACGCCCGGGGGUCAGGAGUCGACCACAACAAUAACCCUGAUAACCGCACCGCAGCCCCUCCACCCGCCGCCGGCGCUCCAUCCUCGACUUCGGGUUCGACGAGUACUGGCACGCAACAGCGACCUCCGCCGUCCCAACCACCACAGGUGGAUGAGUCGACUGCCCAGCGGCUGCCUAUCGCCAACCCGGACAGCCACGACGUCGUCGUCAGCAGCCGCCAGGCUGCGCUUCUAACGAGCCUCGCGCCCCCGGUUCCGGAAGCCGCAUCGUCCUCCACGACAUCGCCGGUCGACCCCGGCAGGGAUGCGAUUCCUAGCAGCGCCGAUGACAUAAAAUCCGUCAGCUCAGCAACUGCCACCCCUGGGCCUCCGAGGCAAUCUGGCCCAUCGUUGCUGACGCAGGCGUUGGCAUCUGCCCGUGGCAUCCCCAAGCCGCCCAACUCCGCAUCGACAUCACCGCACGACGUCAAAAGUCGACAUCCGCACCCGCACCCGCAAUCGUAUCCGAACACGAAGCCCGACCCGCCUAUCGCCGUCGGCUACACCCACCGUUCGCCCGUCAAGGCAACCUCGCAAGCCUCGGACGUCAGGACGAGCAAUGGCGGCGACUCGCCCGUGAAGCGAGGAGCGUCUCAGUCUGGGGCCAUGGCCGCUUCAGCCACCAUCCCCGUCGCCUCCGCCGUUGCGCCUCGAGAACCAGCCAGCGGCCCAUCCUCAUACAAUCAGCACGGUCUGAGCCAUGCCGGAGAGGUGCUCAUGGAACACCGGAGUUUCCUCGACAGGGCGAAAGGCCGGGUCUCCACUUCCCUUGAGCUCGACCGCCCUGGCAGCGAGCUACUCAAGACGCGCGCUUUCUCUCACUCGACGAGCCCGGAUGAGUCGACGACACCGACAGCGACGCAUCCAGCGGCGCCAAUCAAGCGAACCACCUCACAAGAUGUGCAUAGCAAACCUGAAGAUUGGACAACUUUCCACCCAAAACCAAUCAGGCACGCUCUCACGAUGGGCGCCGAGAAAAACGAAAAGGUCUGGUCCAUUGGCUCUGGUGAGGGGGAAGGCGAAGAUGGCCUGGUGGAGCAAUCUGUUGCAGAAGCCAUGGCUGGAGUAGAGCACAACGCACGAAGUCGCAAGGCUAGUUAUAGCCUGCGGUUCUUCAAAGAAGGCCUGCCCCCCGACGACAAAACAAGGCGCAAGGAUCCUCGCACAAUUCUGCGUGAGAAAUUGUCGCCGACUCUGGAGGACCAGCCCCCGCGGCGAGGUUCUCCCGGGGAGCUGCUCUCGACUGGGCCGAUACCGGUAGCAGCGCAGCCGCAUCCUACCGACGAGCCCGAGAACCAACAAGCCCGGGUCAUCUCGACCGAGCGGGACUAUUUCAGCAUCACCAAACGAACCGACGAAUCUGCUGUGGCUUCAGAAUCCGGGCUAUUGUCGGGUUCGCAACCACCGGUCCGAAAACAAACGACAUUAACGCUGCGCGAACAAGCGCAGACUGCGCCAGCUGUCGAGACUGAUCGGCACUUCGAGGUGGCGGUCAAGUCGCCCGAAUCUUUACAACCGAGCCAAGAACGCCUUUCCGGUUCCGAAAUUGACGGGGAUGCAGAUGUUGAGGCGGAAGCGGAUGAGUCAGGCGAGGAAAAGAUCUCGUCGGCUGUCUUCUUACCCCAUCACGAGAUGCCGGAGGCUCGUAUCGUUAAGGGCGAAGGCAAGGGCGCAGCCCACCCGCCGCGUCAAAGGUCACUGUCCCAGAGUAAGACACAUCCAUGGCUUGUCAAGGCCGACGAGCCUGAGCCCGAGCCCGAGAUCAGUGACAAAGAUGAUGAGCCUCCCCUUGACUUGUCCCGCGUGCGGUCCCGUGAAGCGCCCGUGUCACGAACCGGUGAGCCGUCCCCGGUGAAACCCGACGAUUUCGCCAUCGAAGACGACCUGGAGGUGAAGAGCCACAUCGCCAGCCCCCCACGUCCGUCUCCCGUGAAACAGUACGAGGAUCAUGUGCAUGAGCAUCAGCAUCAGACCCGUGAACCCCUCGAGGCCAUCGAGUUGAUCCCAUACAAGCAUCAGGUUGGGGGACAUACCACGAUUUGGCGAUUCUCUCGUCGAGCCGUGUGUAAGCAACUCAACAACAGAGAAAACGAAUUCUACGAGACAAUCGAGAGAUAUCAUCGCGAUCUGCUGCCUUUUCUCCCUCGAUAUAUCGGUGUCCUCAAUGUGACAUUUCACAAGCAGCCUAGGAGGAAGAGCGUGGUGAAACGGGAAGAGGCGGCCGCCGCGGAGCGUAAGAGGCUCCGGGACGAGGCGAAGAAGGGACCGGCAAACGGACACGAUUCUUCAUUAGAGACAUCGGGGAAUGGGCACACUGAUCGACCUCCCGCUCGCGUCGUCAGUCAGUCCCUCGCAAACGCCAGUUUCCAGAUUCCCACAGUUACCUUUGACGACAACAAACACAUUCUGCCUCGCAACCUUCUACAGCCAACGCCACCGCCCGACGCCUUUCGUCGUCGCAGUAGCUCGGCAACGAAGAUGCAUCAAUCUGACUCCUCGCUUCCACGUCACCGGCCUCAGAUGGAAGAGCGGCCGAAUAGCUGGGGAUAUACGACGAUCAAUAAGCGCCUGCGCAAUGAGGUGUUCAACGAUGCCUUCUUGAAGCAGCCAGUCGAGGUCCAGAAGCACCGUCGGCCACACCAGCGGUCCAUUCCCCGACCCACUCUACAGAGGUUGUUGCGGCCGACGAUUUCAGACCCGAAUCUAAACCAAGGCAUGGAGGUACCUGAGCUUACUCACGAUAGCGCACACAGCACGGAUGGCACGAAGUCUCAGACUUCACCGGAGAUGCCUCCCAGGCUCAGGGGGGAAUCUAUUAGUGAUCUUGGCCCCGACAUGGCUCUUCGCCCCAAACAGGACGGCCAUGAAGUUCCAGUCAAAGACAUCACCGGAACGAGCGCUCCAGAGCCCGAGAUUCUCAAGGCCAGGCCGGUGGUGACCAAGAAGAAGCGCCGCUUUUCCGCGGGUGGUCUGCGCCGACGGCCUGAGGAUGUACGUGAAUCUCGAGGACACUUGAAGUAUUUUGAGGAGGCCGAUGAUGCCGACUACAAAACGCAUGAUCGGCCUCUCGAUGCGUCUGCAGCGGAGGCGACUCUGCAAAAUGGACGAGACGAUACAGCGGCGAACGGCUCCGCUCAGACCGAGUCAAUUCCCACCUCCACAUUGGCAAACACCACCGAGGUAGCCUUGGACAUGCCGGAGCCGGUUGACGAGUUCAGAAAGAUCCCGCGGCCAGUGAACCCCAAGGAAGCCAAAACGGAGGCAAAUUCUCAGCAAGAUCGAGUAGAGUACUUUUUACUCAUGGAAGAUCUUACGGCUGGCAUGAAGCGUCCGUGUAUGAUGGACCUAAAGAUGGGCACACGACAAUAUGGCGUCGAGGCCACCCCCAAGAAGCAAAAGUCGCAGCAAGAGAAGUGCAGGGCCACCACCUCGGCCGAGCUAGGCGUGCGCAUCUGCGGGCUACAGGUGUGGAAUGUGCGCACUCAGACGUAUGAGUUCCAAGACAAGUACUUUGGGCGUCGGCUCAAGGCGGGACAGGAGUUCCAAGACGCGCUUCAAAGCUUUUUGUACAACGGGGUAGACCUGGAGAGCAUUCUGCAACAUAUUCCGGUAGUGCUCAAGAAGCUGUCCCAGCUGGAGCAUAUCGUGCGCGGCCUUCGCGGAUACCGCUUCUAUGCCGCGAGCCUCCUCAUGUUUUAUGACGGCGACAACUCUACCGACGGAGGGUACGAGACCAUGUACGACUCGACAACGGAUGCGGCCACGGAUACGGAGGAGUCAAGUCGAAGGAAGCGGAGGAAUCCUCGGGAAAUUGAUUUCAAGAUGGCCGACUUUGCAAACAGCCUGACACCGUUCGUCAACCUCGACGACAAGCCCUGCCCGCCACAGCAUCCAGACGAACCGGACGGCGGAUUUCUCAAGGGCCUGAGAAGCCUGAGGCGGUAUUUUCUGCAAAUUCAGCGCGAGGUACGCUUGGGGCUUGACCUGAAUCCCAAUGGCGUCCGAAGCAGCCGUUCACGAUUCUCGGCACACGGCGACGGGGCAGGAGAUCUGGAGGACGAGUGGGACGAAAGACGGAGAAGUCUAUAAUGGCAAUGCGCGGCCGUGGCUAUACACGGGUCGCAAGUCGGUACGAUACCCAUUCUACGUUUUGGAGACACGCAGAUACCCUGUGGCGGCUCGACCUCGGCUGCAAAUCGCGAGUCUGGCCCGCAAAUGUUUGAUCCCGGAACGGCCGCCGGAGUACGUCGAUUUCGCUUUUCGCUCAUUCGAUUCAAGCGCAGCUGAGUUGCAUGGCCACGCAGCCCUGAAAGCGAAACAAGGUUGCUAUUUAAUCUGCGGCGUUCAGGUUUUAAUUGCCUUCUAAUGUCUUUUCUGUGUACUUUUGGAGCUGGGUUGGACGCGGCAUGUCACCGGCGUUGAAGCGCAUUCAGACUGGCCAGUGGAUGGAUGAUAAAAUACGAGUUGCUUUUUGCGUCGCUCGUUUCUGCGCUCACAAGCGUAGGUCGUUUCGAGAGUUUAGGACGAGUUGUUUUCGUUUCAUAGUUUUGACGUGGUAGCAAUCAUCAAGGCGCGACGGGGAUCGGUCGGAACGGGUUUGGGAGUUAAACAGAGUCUGGAGGUAGGACGGACGGCGCGCUCAAGAGGGUAUACGUAGAUUGUGCUAGACAAAAUCACCACCAGUCAUGAUGUAUGAAGUUGCUAG